GGGCCGCGCGGCGGCGCUGCGCGUCCCCUUUCCCCUUCUUCGCCGUGUUGCCUGGCGCUGCGCGCGCCGCACGGCUCGUGGCGGCUGUGUCUGUAACCCUUCGCGUCCGCGCGGCCGCUUUCGCACCCGGGCCACUCGGCGUGGCGUUCCGCUGAGACGAGAACUCAUCCGGGCGCGGAGAACGGGGUCAGAAGUCGGUGCGCGAGCCGAGCUCCUCCCGGUGGGGACCCCCCCCCCUUUCCUCCCUACGCGCGGGUCGUGCGGGACCGCAAGCAGAAACCGAACUCGCGGCUCGCGCUCCGCUGGCGGAGCCUCGAUCGGCUCGGAAAAGCGGCGCGGCAAUGACCGCGCGACGCUCCACGGCCACGCGAUCAGCCCAGGGGAGCUGCAGCUGCAGGUGAACCGCGCGCCGCCGACUCCGGGGUUCGGACCCAAGUCCCACAAGUGCAUCGCCGCCCAGCAACCAGGAGGGGUCCUUGGCUUUCAUCAGAUCUUUAAAGGGGUCCUUGGCCUUGAAAAGUUGCUGAUAUGCGUUGAGGAUGAGUGGCGUGAGUGACAAUACCUCGGACCCUGCGAGGGCGGAGUCCCGCAAGCGCAAAGAGUGUCCGGCCGACCUCCUGGGACCCAGCCCCAAGCGGAGCAACGAGAAGCGCAACCGCGAGCACGAGAACAAGUACAUAGAGGAGCUCGCCGAACUGAUCUUUGCCAACUUCAAUGACAUCGACAACUUCAACGUGAAGCCAGACAAAUGUGCGAUCCUAAAGGAAACCGUGAAACAGAUUCGUCAGAUAAAGGAGCAAGAGAAAGCUGCUGCUGCCAAUGAGGAGGAGGUGCAGAAGGCUGACGUCUCCUCGACGGGCCAAAGCGUCAUCGACAAAGAUGCCCUUGGACCAAUGAUGCUCGAGGCCCUGGAUGGCUUCUUCUUUGUCGUGAACAUGGAGGGCAACAUUGUGUUCGUGUCGGAGAACGUGAGCCAGUACCUGCGCUACAACCAGGAGGAGCUGAUGAACACCAGCGUGUACAGCAUCCUGCAUGUGGGAGACCACGCCGAGUUUAUCAAGAACCUCCUGCCCAAGUCUCUGGUAAAUGGGGUUCCCUGGUCCAGCGAGAACCCACGGAGGAACAGUCACACCUUCAACUGCCGCAUGCUGGUGAACCCACGCUGCGAGGCCGAGGAGGAGGUCCGCGAUACCGAGGUCCAGCAGAAGUACGAGUCCAUGCAGUGCUUUGCUGUGUCUGAGCCAAAGUCUAUCCGGGAAGAAGGUGAAGAUUUCCAGUCGUGUCUGAUCUGUGUAGCGAGACGGGUUCCAAUGAAAGAGAGGCCCAUGGCCCCGAUCCAAGAGAGCUUCACCACUCGGCAGGACCUCCAAGGGAAGAUAACCUCACUGGAUACCAGCAUUUUGCGGGCCUCCAUGAAGCCAGGCUGGGAGGACCUGGUACGGAGGUGCAUCCAGAGGUUCCACCUCCAGAAUGAUGGCGAGAUGUCUUUUGCAAAGCGACAUCAGCAAGAAGUUUUGAGACAGGGCCAAGCCUUCAGCCCCGUGUACCGCUUCUCCUUGUCCGACGGCACCAUCGUCUCGGCCUACACUAAGAGCAAGCUGGUGCGGUCGCCAGCCACGAAUGAGCCACAACUCUACAUGUCCUUACACGUCCUGCAGAGGGAACCAUCAGUGUGCAGCAUGAACCCCGACGUUGGCUGCCAGGGCAUGGGGAAGCCUAUCGGUUCAACCUCAUCCAUGACCCCUCCUAGUCAGGGCAGCACCCCCUCAGGAGUCCAAGGGCCAGACACGGCUGUCAGUGGCAGCAACCCUGCUUUCGCCACUGGAACAGGACCGAAGGAGCCGACUGGCACAGGGCCACUACAGAGCUAUCGGUUUGGGUGUCAGGGGCCCGGCAGCCACGGGAGCCAUGGCAACCUUGGGAAUCAUGCCGCUCAGGGCAGUAACUAUUCACUCAAGAUGAACAGCCCCUCCCAGAGCAGCCCAGGCCUGGCCCCUGGACAGCAGACCUCCAUGCUGUCACCCCGCCACCGCCUCAGUCCGGGUGUUACGAGCAGCCCUCGCAUGCCCCCCGGCCAGUUCUCUCCUGUGGGCAGCUUGCACUCACCAUCAGCAGUGUGCACGGGACCUGGGAACAGCCACAGCUACACCAGCAGCUCCCUGAAUGCACUGCAGGCCCUCAGCGAGGGUCAUGGCGUCACCCUAAGCCAGGCUCUGGGUUCCCCAGAUGGCAAGGUAUCAUCCCCUAGCCCCCACACGUUGCCCAGGGUGAGCUCUACCGAGUUCAAGGAGGCCUUUGGUGUAUUUGGUGACCAGGGUCAGAGUGAGCCGGCACAACAGGAAGGUGGUCCCGAACCCAAGGAGGAAAAGGAGAACGGCCUGAGCCAGUUCAGCGGCGACUGCAGUGAUGCCCAGGGCCGUCUCCACGACAACAAGGGUCACACCAAGCUACUUCAGCUGCUCACCACUAACAAACCAGAGUCCUUGGAGCCAUCCUCGCCUGUGGGCACGCCUGGGGUGGAUGUUGGCUGCAAGGACCCAUCCCUGGGGUCAGGAGUGGGCGGGGCUGGUAGUGGACAGGCCACUGGGGCCCAUGCCUCUUCCCUCAAGGAGAAGCAUAAGAUUCUGCACAGACUGCUGCAGAAUAGCACAUCCCCUGUAGACCUGGCCAAGCUUACGGCAGAGGCCACCGGGAAGGACGUGUGCCAGGAUGGGCCACCCGGCGUGGGAGAGCUUGUCCCCAAGCAAGAGCCCGUGAGCCCCAAGAAGAAGGACAAUGCAUUGCUGCGCUACCUGCUGGACAAGGACGACAGCCAAGAGAAGACCAUCAAGAUGGAGCCUGGAGAUGGCAAGAUGGACGCCGCCAAGCUGCCCAUGGUGAAGACAGAGAAGCAGGACUGCGGGUACGAGCAGUCAGUGCAGUCUAGUGAACUGGAUGACAUUCUGGAUGACCUGCAGAACCAGCACCCGCUGUUCCCAGAUGCCCGCCCCGUGUCCCUGCCAGCCGCCAUGGACAAACAGUCCAUCAUCAACGACAUCCUGCAGAUCACAGGGGAAGGCGGGGCUGGGGGCGGGCCUAGUCCAGAGGCCAUGGCGCAGCAGAAGGCCUUCUCCAGCAUGCCUCAGGGCGCAUUUAGCGGCUCCAGACCGGGGCAGCCGGGCAGGGGUCCCCCAGUCCGCAGUAUAUCCCUGGACAUGAACGUGACCCCCCAGGGCUCGGCCAGCCCCUUCCCCCCCAUGAGGAACAAUGCUCCCUAUCAAGUCAUGCAGCAGGGCAUGAUGGGAAACCAAGGCAUGAUGGCCAACCAGGCCAACCUGGUGAAUACCGGGAUGCUGGGAGCAAACCCACCGAGAGCGGGCAUGGCACCUGAGGCCUGGGGUCCGCAGGGGGCCGCCGUCAGUAACGCCAUUGGCCAGCAGCUGCAGCAGGGCGUGGGGCCCGGCCGCAUGGCCCCCGGCACCGCUGCGGGAGUCCCGAUGCGACCCAGCAGUCAGCCGGCACCCAGACAGAUGCUCCAGCCCCAGAUGAUGACUGGCGCACAACCGGACCUGGACCUGGGCAUGUCGGGAACGCAGUUCUCCCAGCAGCAAGCGCCUCCGAACCAGACGGCCCCUUGGCCCGACAGCAUGCUGCCCAUCGAUCAGGGCCCCUUCGGCUCCCAGAACAGACCUGCGUACUGCAGCCCCCAGGAAGAGGCUCUGUGCCCCACAGGAGCAGGCGACGGAUCUGCCGACGAGGGAGCCUUGCUGAACCAGCUCUAUACGGUACUGAAGGACUUUGACGGCCUGGAAGAAAUUGACCGUGCCCUGGGCAUCCCCGCCCUGGUCAACCAGGGCCAGGCUAUGGAGCCGGACCCCUUCCCCAGCCAGGAACCCGGGCUGAUGCUGGAGCAGAAGCCUGCUAUGUACGGGCAGCAGUACCCACCACCGGGGCACCUGGCCCAGGGCAGCUACGCACCCAUGCAGGAGGCCAACUUCCAUGCCAUGGCGGGUCAGAUGGGCCAGAGGCCUGGAUACCCCUUGCUGCGCAUGACGUCGCGCCCGGGUCUGAGGCCCGCUGCCGUGGUGCCCAACCAGCCCAACACGCUGAGGCUGCAGCUGCAGCAUCGACUGCAGGCACAACAGAACCGUCAGCCUAUGAUGAAUCAGAUCGGCGGCGUCUCUAAUCUGACCCUACCUCUACGGUCCAGUGUACCGACCCAGGGAACCAUCAAUGCCCAGAUGCUGGCGCAGCGGCAGCGUGAGAACCUGAACAACCUGCUGCGGCAGAGGCAGUUGGAGCAGCAGCAGCAGCGGCAGCAACAGCAACAGCAGCAGCAGCAGCAGCAGCGGAACAUGCUCAUGCGGGCGCAGGGCCUCAACCUCCCGCCCAACAUGGCGGCGGCGGCGGCGGCUGCAGCGGCAGCCAUGCCGGGCACUAUGGGCUCCUCGCGGAUCCCCCAAGCCAGUCCUCAGCAGUUUCCCUUCCCGCCGAGCUACGGUACCGGCCUGGCAUCGCCGCCGCCCUCCACCAGCCCCUUCUCCCCCGUGUCCCCCAGCCUCCCCGCGCCUCAGCUCCUCUCCCACGGCUCCUUGCAUGGCUCCCCGAUGAGUCUGGCUAACCAGGGAAUGAUGGGAAACGUGGGAGGACAGUUCGGGGCUGUAGUGAGCCCCCACAUGCAGCACAGUACCUUCCAGUUUCCCAGCUCAGGAAUCACGCAGCAGCCUGACACGGGCUUCUCAGGAGCCACAACCCCCCAGAGCCCCAUGAUGUCCCCCAGGAUGGGCCACGCCCAGAGUCCCAUGAUGCAGCAGCCUCAGGCCAACGCCCCCUUCCAGCCCUCGUCGGACAUGAACGGCUGGCCACAGGGGAACGUGAGCGGGAACAGCAUGUUCACCCAGCAGUCCUCGCCGCAGUUUACGCAGCCAUCCAGCUCCGGCAUUUACAGCAACGGCAGCACCAUGAACAUCAGCGUGUCCAUGGCCGCCAGCUCCAGUGGCCUGAGCAGCAUGAACCAGAUGCCCGGGCAGAUGAGCGCGGCCCCCAUGACCUCGGUGCCUACGUCGGGCCUGUCCUCAAUGGGCCCCGAGCAGAAGUAUUGUUGACCUCGGCCAUCCAGAGGAACGUUGACCCCCGCCGCUCCCGCAGCCACACCUUGCUCACAGUUCGUGGCCAAUCAGGAUGCAGCAAAAAGCCCAACCAGUCACCUUGCAGUCGGAGCGACGGCGGCCGUUUCGCCAGAUCCGUGAAGGCCCCCGCUCCCCUUUCCGUGGGAGACCCCCCCCCCGGCCCCUCGCUCGCUCCUGCUGCCCCCCCCCAUGCUCAUACGCUCGGAGCCAGUCGGUCUUGUUCAACUGCAUUCACCUUAGUGUGACUUAGGCUUCCCCCAAAGGACAGACUGCUAGCGGCUUUGGGGUCCGUGUCAGAUGAAUGUAUUCCUCCUUGAGGACGUGACCACGCGCUUCGGUUUCAUCUCCACUCACCUGUCUGCUUCUGUCCCGCUCCGUGGCAGACGGGGCACGGAGUCCCUCAUCACAUCUCACUUCUCGAUUGUCCUAUAAAUCUGACCAUUUUUGCUUUUCUUCUUAUGUCGUUUUUUUUUUUCUUUUCUUUUCUUGUGUGAGAAGAAGAUAUUUAGAAUUAAACUUAAUGAUUUCUAAAUUAAUCUUGUGAAAAAGUAACAGACAAAUGGUUUGAAGAGCUUACAUGACACUGUACAAUUGUGGAAAUGGUUUGUAUUAUAAAACUAAUCUAGUUUAAAGAGGUUUAUAGUGUAUUAAAUUAAGUUUUAUUCCUAUGUAUAGUUUUUUGUUUUUUUUUCCUUUUUUUUUUUCCUUUUUAAAAUAGUGUAGACUAUUUGAAACUGUCAGCCAGAAAGGUGACACUGGUGGCCUAAAAGGGCACAUUGUGUUUAAAUCCCACCAUGGUUUCUUAAAAGUGUGUCAAUGGGUUUUUUUUUUUUAAUUUCGUUGUUAAAAAAUGUAAUUGAAAAUUAUUUCUUGUGGUUAGGCAAAGGAGAAUAUGAAUAAGUUGUACAUACCAAUUACAAUGUCCUGGUUUUUAUUUAAUUUUAUUAUUAUUAUUAAUUUUUUUUUUAAU